CGAGUUAAAACCGGAGUGUGAGAGAGAAAAGCGCUUCAGUAGCGAGAGGGGCUGAGAAAGUGGUGACACCGCUGGGGUGCGGAGGGAGUCUCUCAAACUUCUCUCAACAGCCCCAGGGCCAAUCUCCCCUCAGCCCACUCCCCUCUCCGCCAGAUCCCUGGUCCCCACUCCCUGCACUGGGGGUGGGGUGGGGAACUGGGCCCGUCUCCCGCGGGGACACACACAGGGUCCGGGAGUGGGGACGGGACCCCCAGGCCGGGGGGGACGGACGGACAGACGGCCGCGCGGCCGCCCCAGCGGGCAGGCAGGCCGGAGGCGGGGGUACGGCCGGGAGCACCUAGGCUGGGGAGUUUCCUCUCAACUAUCGGGGGAGAAAGUCCCCGUAGCUGGUGUUUUCCUCCCGGGGGCCGCGUUCCCCGCCCCGCGUCUCGGCGGUUGCCGCCGCCGCCACCGCCGCCACCGGUGCCUCCACCUCUGCCAUCUCUUCACCACCUCGGGCCCCGGUGUCCCCGGCCAGCACUAUGCCCAUCUUACUGUUCCUGAUAGACACGUCUGCCUCUAUGAACCAGCGCAGCCAUCUGGGCACCACCUACCUGGACACGGCCAAAGGCGCGGUAGAGACCUUCAUGAAGCUCCGUGCCCGGGACCCUGCCAGCAGAGGAGACAGGUAUAUGCUGGUCACUUUCGAAGAGCCGCCCUAUGCUAUCAAGGCUGGAUGGAAAGAAAACCAUGCAACGUUUAUGAAUGAACUGAAAAACCUUCAGGCAGAAGGACUUACGACUCUUGGCCAAUCCCUAAGGACAGCUUUUGAUUUGUUAAAUUUAAAUAGAUUAGUAACUGGCAUAGACAACUAUGGGCAGGGAAGAAACCCUUUUUUCUUGGAGCCAGCAAUAAUUAUUACAAUCACUGAUGGGAGCAAGUUGACUACUACUAGUGGUGUCCAGGAUGAGCUGCAUUUACCUCUUAAUUCGCCAUUGCCUGGAAGUGAAUUGACCAAGGAACCUUUUCGUUGGGAUCAGAGACUAUUUGCUUUAGUACUGCGGUUGCCUGGCACCAUGUCAGUAGAAUCAGAACAGUUGACAGGUGUGCCUUUGGAUGAUUCUGCUAUCACACCAAUGUGUGAAGUGACAGGAGGCCGGUCAUACUCGGUAUGUUCCCCAAGAAUGCUUAAUCAGUGUCUGGAAUCCUUGGUGCAGAAAGUACAAAGUGGAGUGGUAAUAAACUUUGAAAAGGCAGGACCAGAUCCUUCCCCUGUUGAAGAGGGGCAGCCAGAUAUAUCAAGACCUUUUGGAUCUCAGCCUUGGCAUAGCUGUCACAAGCUCAUAUAUGUCAGACCAAAUCCUAAAACUGGGGUUCCUAUAGGCCAUUGGCCUGUUCCAGAGUCUUUUUGGCCAGAUCAGAAUUCUCCAACACUACCACCUCGUACAUCUCAUCCUGUAGUGAAGUUUUCCUGUACAGACUGUGAGCCAAUGGUUAUUGACAAAUUGCCUUUUGACAAAUAUGAGUUGGAACCUUCACCACUGACUCAGUUUAUUCUAGAAAGGAAAUCUCCUCAAACAUGUUGGCAGGUGUAUGUGAGCAAUAGUGCAAAGUAUAAUGAACUUGGCCAUCCCUUUGGUUACUUGAAAGCUAGUACAGCACUGACCUGUGUCAACUUAUUUGUGAUGCCUUACAAUUACCCAGUCCUCCUUCCUCUCUUAGAUGACUUGUUCAAAGUGCACAAAGCAAAACCAACUCUGAAAUGGAGACAGUCAUUUGAAAGUUAUUUGAAGACAAUGCCUCCCUACUAUCUUGGGCCCCUGAAGAAAGCUGUUAGAAUGAUGGGUGCGCCUAAUCUGAUAGCAGACAGUAUGGAGUAUGGACUCAGUUACAGUGUCAUUUCAUACCUCAAAAAAUUGAGUCAGCAGGCCAAAAUUGAAUCUGAUAGAGUCAUCGGAUCCGUAGGCAAAAAAGUAGUGCAGGAAACUGGAAUUAAAGUCCGAAGCCGGUCACAUGGGUUGUCAAUGGCUCAUAGGAAAGGUUUUCAAGUGCUGCAGGGUAUUUCAGAGGAUGUCCCCCACAGGUUGCUAGACCUUAAUAUGAAGGAGUACACUGGGUUCCAGGUUGCUUUACUAAAUAAGGAUUUGAAGCCACAGACCUUUAGAAAUGCUUAUGAUAUACCAAGACGGAAUCUUCUGGAUCAUUUAACAAGAAUGAGAUCCAAUCUUUUAAAGAGCACCCGCAAAUUUCUUAAAGGCCAAGAUGAAGAUCAAGUACACAGUGUACCUAUAGCACAAAUGGGGAAUUACCAGGAAUACCUCAAGCAAGUACCUUCUCCAUUGAGAGAACUUGAUCCUGAUCAGCCUCGAAGGUUGCAUACAUUUGGCAAUCCCUUUAAACUGGAUAAAAAGGGUAUGAUGAUAGAUGAAGCAGAUGAGUUUGUGGCUGGACCUCAGAAUAAACACAAGCGGCCUGGAGAGCCAAGCAUGCAAGGGAUCCCAAAAAGGCGCCGGUGUGCCUCUCCACUCUUGAGAGGCCGAAGGCAGAGCCCUGCUGUGAACAGCCACAUUGGAGGGAAAGGACCACCUGCACCCAUGACGCAAGCACAGCCAGGUCUUAUUAAACCCCUUCCUCUGCAUAAAGAAGCCACUAAUGAUUCAAUAGUAGAUGAUGUGGUUGAAAAUCAUGUUGCUGACCAACUUCCAUCAGACAUGACACCAAAUGCUAUGGAUACUGAAUUUUUAACAUCUCCACCCAAUCUUUUGGAACCAUCAACUAAUCAUACAGAGGCCCUUGGUCAUGAACAUUUAGGAAACAAUGACCUCACUGUUGGUGGGUUUUUAGAAAAUCAUGAGGAGCCAAGAAAUAAAGAACAAAGUGCUGAAGAGAAUAUACCAGCAUCUUCACUCAACAAAGGAAAGAAAUUGAUGCAUUGUAGAAGCCAUGAAGAGGUCAACACUGAACUUAAAGCACAAAUAAUGAAAGAGAUUCGAAAGCCAGGAAGAAAAUAUGAAAGAAUUUUCACUUUACUGAAGCAUGUACAAGGCAGUUUACAAACAAGGCUAAUAUUUUUACAAAAUGUCAUUAAGGAAGCAUCCAGGUUUGUACAAGUUUGUGUGUUUGGCACAUAUGUGGAGGUCAGGACAACUUUUAGACAUCAGUCUCUACUUCCAUAUGAUUAAAUGGACAUCAGACUUUGUCAAGGUUUAAGAAACGAAUGCUAAUAGAACAACUGGAGAACUUCUUGGAUGAAAUUCAUCGAAGAGCCAAUCAGAUCAACCAUAUUAAUAGCAAUUAAAAGAAAAUAGAAUGCGGCCACUUAUUUCAUUAUCUUCUCCAAAUACAAAGUAAAUACAAGACUGUUGUAAUCUUGUAUUCAUUCUUUGACAUGCAUUGUUGGCUAUUUGAAAUACUAAAAACAUUCUACAGUUGCUUUCCAUCAUUUUACAGUGACCUUUUCAUUUUAGCUUAUUUUUGUAAAGUGAAAAGUAUCACUAAAUUUUUUUUCUCUUUUUUUCUUUUUUUUAACAAACUAAAACUAUUCUUCAAAUCUUCUGCUUGUCAUUGGCUCUUGCGUGUCAGUUUCCCUCAGGUUAUAUUUUCUUAAACCAACCUUUAAAAUUGUCAGCUCUGUUAAGGUUGAACUUUGCCAAAAAAAAAAAAAAAAAAAAAUUUAAAAACAAGUUACUUUGUAAUUUUUGGGGAAAAAAAGCACAUACAUUAAAAACUAGGUAAUGUUUUGUAUAUACAGUUAUUUUGGAUAUAUUAUUGUAAGUUGUACAAAUGUAUUUUGAAGAAUAUUUAAGAAAAGCACUUUUGUUAUUCCAUCAAUAAAUGCUCUAUUUUACUCUUGUGUGGUUUAGGAAAUAAUCACAUUUAAAGUAACUAUUUAAAAACAUUCUAAAACAAUGGAAUUUUAAAGGCCUUGCUUUUUAGCAUUAAAAAAUACACAACUUAAUAUUUGUUAAACUAAUGUAAUUAUGUGUUACAUAGCCUUCAUUGUCUUUUUAACUAUAUGUUCUUAGUUUUUGUUGGCCAUGCCAAUAUACUCCACUCUUGCCUGGAUAAUGGUAAUACCUUCAUCUGUGGCAGAUAGACAGAUAGGCAGUUUUUAAAAAUCAAUUUUAAAAGUAGAUGAGUUGGGGCAUUAUUGGUUUCUUAACACCUUUCAAUCUUUCUUACAGGAUUUAGAUGGCACUCAAGUCUAGCUAUUAGUUAGGGUGUGGUAGCUUAGGGCAUAUCAUACUUGGAAAAGCUGUAAUUUGGUCCCAUGCCAUGCUUAUAUGAGUUUAUAAUGUAAUGAUUCAGAGGGGAAUCUCUUGGUUCUGCUCUCUGAUUUUCAUACUUAUUUAGAAUCUAACUGGAGAGGAAACAGACUUAAGAUGACUGUACUCAUUUUCUUUCCUCCUUAUUUGCACAGGAUGAGGAUAUCUGGCACAUCCAUUCUCCAUCCUCACAGGGCUGCACAUCUUUACUAAGGAUGUGACUCUGUGUGCUGACUCAUGCACAUAUUCAUAGAUCACUGCUGUGCCUUUAGUGGUUUGGAGGAAACUGGUAGAAAAGGUUAGAGUUUUUAGAUUUGGAGUAACCGAGGUGAAAAAAAAAACUUUCAAAUUAUUUUUUUAAUUGAAUUAUUUUUAGAUUAAUAAUAUUUGGAAAUCACAUACCCUUAAAAGAAAUUGUAAAUAUUUAUGAAGGAAAGCAUACAUAGAGAAAACAUUCUUGAGGUCUGCUAUUUUAGUCAAGGGGAUUUGAAACUCUCCCAAUACUGAAGACAAACCCUGUAAAGAAAAAGAGACAUUUAAUGUGACUUGUGGUAUUUUCAUAAAACAGUUCAUUAAACAUUUCUUACCUCUUCAAAAUUCCUGGAAGUAAAUGAAGAUAUAAUUUAGAGAUGGAAUUAUUAAAAUAAUUGCCUGUAAUCACACUGCUAAGUUCAGUGCAAACUAUAGAAAAUCCAGAUUAACUUUGUGGUUGUGAGUUGUGUAUAAUGAGUGAGAUCAGUGUGAACACUGGAGUCGUUUAGAUAGGAAUUAUAUUAAGUCAGCACAUGGGGGCUGUCCUUGGAAGGGUUCUCAUGUCAUAGCAUGGUGGAAUAAUGCUCAGAUCUUCUGCCUUUACAGUUUCCAAAAUGAGCCUCCAAGGAGUGUAACACGGAAUCUUCUGUGUUUGCUCUAACCUUCUCCCUCUGCCCCUCCUUUUCUCUGUCUGGCAUAGUACUCUUUACAUUCUAAUAUUAAAUCUUAGUCUGAAAAUUUUCAGCCUAUCAAAAACUAAAGUUUAAGAUUCCAUCAACCUCAGACUUUUGCCUUUCAAAAAAUGGUGGGCAAAUUAGUUAAACUAGUGAAGUCUCUACAGAAUCUUUGUUAGCAAAGGCACGGGAUGAUAUACUUGGGGGUGGUUAUUUUAUUCUUUGAGAUUAUGGAAUGAUGCUGUGCGGGACAAGUACUCUCCGAAAGGUUAGUGUUAAAGUUUUUAGAUAAUUUUUCUUUUUUCUUUAAACAUUUGUUUAUCAUUAUACAUAAGUAGCUGACUUCAGACACACCAGAAGAGGGCAUCAGAUCUCAUUAUGGGUGGUUGUGAGCCACCAUGUGGUUGCUGGGAUUUGAGCUCAUGACCUUUGGAAGAGCAGUCAGUGCUCUUACCCACUGAGCCAUCUCGCCAGCCCCCGAUAAUUUUUCUUAUGUUCCCCUAUGUGUCUCAUUUGUUAAUUGAUUCAUUAUGUCAGUAUAAGACUGGUAAACUUUUAACAGUGCAGACUGAGACUUUUUUUUUAAGAUUAGUUUUUAAAGCAUUUUGCCCACAUGUAUGUAAGUGCACUACAUGCAUGCCUGGUGCUUGUAGAAGCCCAAAGAGAAGAGAGUGUGAGAUCCCCUGGAGCUGGAGCUACAGGCUCCUAGAAGUUUCCAUGUGGGUGCUGGGAACCAAAUGAAGCAAAUGCUCUUAACCAUGGCCAUCUUCUAGCCUCAGCUGAAGGGUUUAAGGGAUUUAAAAAUCCCUUCAGUGAUAUGAUCAGAAAAUUAGCCGUUUUGCCUUGGGUAAUGUGAACAACCACCGUCCAGGAAAGAAAAGCCACAGGGACAGGGACUAAGAUUUGUGGUGAGUUAGGGAACUGGUAUUUGAUUAGACCUGUAUUUUCAUUUUGAUACUAGGCCGGUAAAAAUUAUAUUAUUGAAAGUGUGGUGUGUCUUUUCUAGUCUAACAGCUUUACAUGGUUUUUAUACAGUUGAAUUUCAAGAAUCUGUUAUUUGUCUUCUAACUGUCCCCUUUACUGGUAUGAGCUUUUUAGGCAGUGGCCCUUCUGUUCAAGGUUAGUCCACCCUCCUUGUUUGAGAGUUUAAUUUAAAACUUACUUUUUGUUGUUAUAAUUUUUUUUUUUUAACGUACUCUCUGUUGUCUAUUCUUAGUGAUCAGUGCCGUUUUGUCUAGUCACAGUCACUGUGGGGUCGGGGUAAUCAUGGUGAAAUACCAAGUGGACAUUGUUAUGAACUCCCUCUUCCCAAAUAAUCUCCAAGUAGAUAAUUUUCCAGGGAAUGAUUACCUACAUCCUUUUGUCACGAAAUGUUCUUUUGAUUUUUAACACAAAUAUGACAGUAUAUAAAUGAUUCUCAGAUAAAAUGAUGUUGACAGUAUUUUAACAAUCUGUGUUAAGCUAUGCUAAUUUUCAUUCUAACUUUCGAUAUUCUUUCCACAAAUAAAAAUGAUGCCUGAUGUUUAGUUAAAGUAGGA